AUGACCGAUGAUGACUCGGAGACCUACUUCUCCUCACACGGGUCUUCUUCGCCUCACACUUCAUCAUCAUCUCCACACAUUGACCAUGACCAUGACCACGACGAUGACCUUGACGAUGACCAUGAUCAAGACCAACAUGUCCAAUCAAUGCCCAAUGUUAAACAAAAGAGAUUGAUCAAGAAUAGGGAGGCGGCCCAAUUGUUCCGUCAACGCCAGAAGGAGUACAUUGGCACGCUAGAGUUGAAGGCUAGCACGUUGCAGACAUCAAACGAUUCGGCGGAAUCAAGGAUUGAGCUGCUGACCAGGGAGAAUGGAUUGAUGCGCCAACAAGUGGAUUAUCUGCGGACGUUCGUCAAGCAGGCUGUAUCCUCCUCCCGGAUGCCUCUCGCAUCCAUCUACAAUAGUAACGGCAACAUUGUUGUUCCUCUGGUCAUGAACCGAUCAUCCUCCAGUGUUCGAUCCUUGAUAGCCCAAGUUGUGCCUCAUGUCGAGCCAGACUAA